GGAAAGACGCAGAUCCUGUUUAUUUAGUUUGACCUUUGACAGGUUGUUGCAUUGUGGACUGCAUUCCACAGCUCUCUUCACGCGUAGCGUUUGCAGUUGAAAAGCACUUGCUUGACACAGUAAUACGUGAAGUGUGUACUGUAAUGGAGGAAGGUUAUACUCAACACAAUCACCUUAUGAACCUUAAAUCAGCUAAAUCGACGAAAAAAAGGCCAGCUCCUUGACGCUUCUGUGAUGUACUUCUGACUUCCACGGUUUGCUUCAACUGGACAUUCCAGUGGCGUAUGGGGGCGGGUCGUAGAGUGGAUCACGUUUCUGGAAAGGAGAUGCCACAGAAGACCAUUCAGCAGUUGGAUGAAAACAACAAGGCAACAGCCGUCGUAUACAACCACGACAUUGGCAAACUUGUCACCAGAAAGAGCAAAGUGAAGAGGCGAAGGAGAGAAGCAUUCCUGUUGGCGUUUCCAUACAGGAAGAACAAACUUUCACCAUCAUCAACCACAAGGGAGCCAAGACGUAAACCUGUUUCAGAAAGUAACUUGCCAUUCCCUAGUGAGGUAAAAACAUCCCAGUCAAAGCAACACCUCGAAACAAAAACAGAGGGAACAAAGGCACACGAAGAAGCGACGACAACUGAAGAUCAACAAAGGAGACAGGAGCAAACGAGUGAAGGAAAGCCUCAGCUUUUCUGUUUCAGAUUCCCGAAACAGAAGUUGCAGGUCUUUGUCUGGAAUCCCCUCCUUCGUGGACCAAAAACAUUAUGUUUCCAACUUGAUCCCGGGACAUCCAUCUCAACUUUCAAAGAAUUAAUACACAUCAAGAUCGGUGUCAAGCUCCCACAUCAGCGUUUGUACAUCAGGAGAGAUCGUUGUAACUUCCAGCUCAUCGACUCGCUUACACUCAAUGACUGUGGCAUUCAGCAGGAUGAGAACAUCUUUCUCCAUCUAUCAACUGGUGGCCUCCUGGGAGGUGGACCAAAAGACAAAGACGAGACUGAUGAUCAGUUUCUUAAGGACUUGUCUUCGAAAGUCUACGAAUUCUGGGAGGUACUGGCCCAGCGCCUUGGAAUAGUGAAAGCAGAAAUCAAACAAAUUCAAACUGCCUCCAAAGACAGCAAGCAGUGCAGCCAGCUGAUGCUACUGUCAUGGUGGAGGAAGCAAGCAAAGUAUGGAGAAGGAAUGAAUAUUUUGAGAGGCGCAUUGGAUAAAAUCGGGUUUGAUGAGCUGUCCAUAUUGGUACCAGAAGCAUGUCAGGAACAAGAAACUUCCUCAAAAUGUUUGGCAGAAACAAACAGGAAUGAGACAGAAAAACAAGAUCAGGCAACUACACUACAACCAGAAUUGCACGAGAACGCAGGAAUAAGGCAGAAAGUCAAGAAAGGGACAUUAUCGGAGGAAGAGAGCUUGGCAAAAAAGCAGCCGGAUGGUCGAGACAGAUCUCAGCCCCAAAUUGAAGAAUACCCGGGAAUAAAAGAACAUAGCGUUGUGAAGGAAACUCUAACGUUGGUGGGGCAGGAACAGAGACAAGAGCAGGUUUAUGCUCAAGGAAACACCCAUCGAAAUGAGGAGCACGCUCGAGAGGAAAUACUGCAGGGCGUGCAAAAGGAAAUGCCAUCAUUGGAAGAGUACAGACAUCGGCAACGGAAGACUGCACGUUCAGAAACGCCACCCUCCGAGAUGAAACAGCAAGCACCUGUCGUAGAGUCUCAGGUCCCGUUAAAGAGAGUGAUGCCAUUACUCGAGAACAACGGAGUAAAGAGGUCCAGGCAAGAGGAAACAGGAGAGACGCCGAUGGACAACGUACAGAGAAGUCGGGUUUCGAUACAAGAUGAAGUGGCGGUGAAGGAGCUCUUACCAUUUGACCAACAGAUGAAGGAGAUUGCAAAGCCAGUUCAGGAAACCUUGCAUUCUGUGGCCCAACUGGGAACAACGUCGCCAUUGUCUGCCUUGCACAGCCACGAAUCUGCGCCGCCGGUGUCCAUGGAUAACAUAAAUGUCCAUGGCACGAAUAAUCCCAUUUUCCUGGCACCAGUUCACCAACCCACUUUGAACUUUGUUCAAAAUGUGACUGUGACACACAGUUGUCCAGUGGAGGAAGGAAGCGCAACAUCCAGUCCGCAAGAGGCUGUCAUUCAAUGCAAGAGCGAGUUAAAGACGCAGAGAAUGACUACAGUCACGGUGGGAAGAGCGAAAUCCAGGGCACAAGAGGCGGCCAUUCAGUGCAGGAGAGAAUUGGAUGUACGGUACACGACUACCGGUAGCUUUGUGCAGUUGCUCCCGUGGGUCGAUGAUGACAUGAAACAUAUCAAGGAUAUGUAUACGAAGUUAUUCUUGAAAAGGGAUGGCCGGAGUGACAUCACAGUAGAUGUUGAAAAGUUUGAGGACAUUUUUGUCAUAAAGACGAAAGAGGGGAGAGUGGUUAAGCGUGCCAUUUUAUGUGGGUUAGCUGGUUUAGGGAAGUCAACCAUUAUUGACAAAAUUGCCUAUGAUUGGGCCGUUGGCUUAGAAAUACUCAAACAGUUUACAUUGUUGUUUGUUCUGAGGAUGUCCGCCCUGGAUCAGACGUCUGAUCUUGUUGAGGCCGUGUUUGAUCAGCUUUUAACUCACGACACGACCGUUGACAAGCGGGAUUUGAAAUCAUUCGUGUAUAGCAAAGACACGUCCUCUCGUGUGCUCAUUCUGCUGGAUGGCUUUGAUGAAUUUCGGACAACCAAACGUGACCCUAACAAAUUUGGAUCUGUUUUAAAAACGCUUAAUCGAAAAGUUGGCCAAGACUGGUUUGUGGUUGUAACAACACGCCCCUCGCAUGUCGCUGACUUGACGAGUAAAUCACUCGUUGAAAAACCUUUCACCCGUAUCGAAGUUUUGGGAUUUGAUCAGGAAGAUGUAAAGCAAUAUGUGAGACGAUUUUAUUCAGAAGAUCUUGAUAAGGCAGAGGGACUUCUUGAGAGGAUUCGGUCAUCAAGUGUACUUUCUGAUUUGGCAAAGAGUCCAAUGCUGCUGUUGCUGAUGUCUCUUUUGUGGAGGGACGAGGCACGGCUACCAGAUACCCUGUCAAAACUAUACAAUGAGGCAAUGGAAUACAUAUUUCGAAGAAAGAUGCCGCGAGCCUCUAAGCGGGAUAUAGAAGUGGUUGUGAGGGGAGUAGCAACUGCUGUUGGCAAGGUUGCUUUAGAAGGGUUGAUUUCUCCCGAGCAGAGACUGUCGUUUCGAGAAGGGGAGUUUGAUAAAAUUGUGUUGGACAAGGCUAUACAAGCUGGUAUUCUCACAAGCCAGAGGGUCAUCAAGUGGCUUGACACGCACAACAAUGUGCAGUUUAUUCACAAGACAUUUCAAGAGUGCUGUGCUGCUAGAUACUGUCAGAGUCUAGUAAGCAAGGACGGUGGAAAAUUUCAGCAGAUACUUGAAAACAUAGUCAAUCCAUGUGCUUUUGAGUACAUGUUGCGCUUCUGCUGUGGAAACAAUGAGCAAUGCACAAGAUACGUAUUAGACGCACUUUGCAAGAAAGCGUAUGAGCACAGACACUCAACGGCCAAGUUAGCCCUGAGCUGCUAUUACGAGAGUCAAUCGACCAAUUUAGUAUCAGUUGACUUCGUCGAUCAGUUCAUUAAGGAAGUAAUGAAGGACAUCAACUAUGAUAAUGACUCGCUGAACUCUCUCAUGUACUUUUUGGAGAAUGUAUCUAAACAUGCCAACGGAGGAGUUUACCUUGCGCGGGUACGUGCAUUGGGAUUUGAGGGGGUUAACUUGUCAAGAUUCAGCAAGGUCUUUGCGUCCUGUUUGACGGGAAUGAAACAUUUGAAAGACCUUGUUUUAUUCUCGUGUGCACUAACUGGUGACUGUGUGAAUCGCAUGCUAUCGUCUGUUCAUAAAGCAAACUUGACAUUAAAACGUCUCGGUUUUCCGGAUAAUAGGGAACUGGGCGGCACCGCAAACAUCUGGGCUCCCCAGUUGAGAUUCCUAAGAAACAUUGAGAUCCUCAACUUGAGUGAUUGUAACAUAUGCACACAAGAUAUGCCACAUAUUGCCUCCUCGGUUGAGCGGCUGUCAAACCUAACUUACCUUGACCUUUCCUGCAAUCAGGCCUUGGGUGGUCAGGCAGAAACGUGGGCGGCUAGUUUGAAGAGAAUGAUCUUUUUGAAGAUGUUAGAAAUGAAGCUCUGUGGCAUAGAGUCUAACGACAUCGGAUACCUAGCCGAAGCGACUUGUUGCAUGGUUAAUCUGAUGCAAUGUGUUUUCUCUACUCCGGGAAGGAGGAUGGGUGUUUCGUCAUCGGGAAGUGGCAUUCACGCGGUCAUUGAAGCCUAUUCGUUAGCCGGUGAGAACAUGGCAGAUAUUCUACAGUCGUUAGCUAAACAGCGGAACUUGGUCGGCCUGCACCUCUGGGGCAUUCACGGUCUGAGUGGUUCAGCAGCGUUAUGGACGCCGCUCCUACUAAAUCUGACGCACCUUGAGGAGUUUGAGCUCAGAGAUGAUUCACUGCAGAGCGCAGACAUCGUACACAUUGCCGCAGCACUGGGUCAAAUGCCAACUGUGACAGAUAUCAGUCUGCUGGGAAAUACGCCUUUAGGGGGCUCUGCCAAAACGUGGGCUCCUUGUCUGAAGGAGAUGGUGCACGUCGCUCGCCUGAAUUUAUGUGGAUGUGAACUGCGAUUAAGCGAUAUUGAGCCCCUUGCCGCUGCACUUAGUCAAAUGCCAGCUUUGGAGGAGCUGAGCCUGGAAAGAAACUGGUCGUUGGGGGGCCAGGCAAAAAUGUGGGCUCCCAGCCUACACAAAAUGGUGCACGUUGUUCGCCUGAACUUGAGCAGAUGUGGUCUGGAGAGCACUGAUAUGGUACACCUCGCUACGGCAGUGGCUCAACUGCCGACUUUGGAAGAGCUCAGUCUUGAAGGAAAUAGGUGGUUACGAGGUUCAGCUGAAGCAUGGGCUCACAGUCUAAGACAGAUGGAGCAUGUCCUUAUGCUCAGAGUGAGUGGCUGCUCUCUGACGAAACAAGACAGGAGACACAUUUCUGAGGUACGGAAAAGCACUAUUGAUUUCGAGUCCGAGGACGAGUCCGAUGAUGAGUCCGAUGACGGGAAUGAACGAGAGUUUGAUGACGGAGCUGAUGAAGAGUUCGAUGACGGGACUGAUGGCGAGUCCGAUGACGGAGCCGAUGGCAAGGAUGAUGAAGAGUCCUAUCGUCAGGACUUUUUCUCCCCGGAUGACUUUCUCUCUUUUGAGACUUUCGAUAGGUCCUCUGACAGACCCAUUAACGACUUCGAUUAAGAGUUCCUUGAAGUCAUGCUCUGGGAUACUUUAUUCAGGAAAGGUUUCACGGCCUAAUAUCUUCAGCUAUGUACUGUUUGCUGAUUUCGAAUCGCUUUGAUCCAUCUUGGACCUGCUGUAAUCAGGCCAGAGUAUGCUUCUCGUCACGGACUCAGUGCUUAAAAAUAAAUCUAGCUUGAUCAAUCGACUCUCAUCACUGCCAAAGGGUAAGAAAGAGCACACACAUACAAUAAUCUUGUUGUUACUUGUCUACAACCAAUUAGGAGUCAAGAUUUUCUGUGAAUUAAUCUAUUGAAAGUCACAGAUGAAAGUCAAGCGUUUUUUAUUUAAGCAUGAAAAAAAAAACUUAGCACUUAAAAUUCUUAAAUACAGAUCACGACAUGAUCACAAAAAUGUUAACAAUUAUUUGGACAAAAGCGCAACGAAAACAAUUUAAUAGAUAUCGUGUUUUUAGCGAACUCAACUCAAUGCUAAUCAGAAUGGGCCCUGAAACUCCCGUGCAGACAUUUUUAUUUUGCACCCAAUUUGUUCUAUUUUCCGCGUUGUAGCUAUCUAUUAAGUUUAUAAUAGCAAAUUCAUAUUUAUUCCCACCGAUUUGUAUGGAGUAGACAAGGCCAUAAAAUGAAAGUAAGAGUCUGUUAAAGCUAUCUACCCCAAAACCAACUGGAUAGAGGGGUGCAUUUUGGAUGCAGCUGUUCAUCAGAUGCUUAACAAAUUGUACACAUUAAAGUCGUUUUAUAAGCACUUGUAAAUAAUUAUGGUCAUUUCGGUCGAGGCUUUCAGUGAUAGUUGGAAAAUGUGACGACCUUUGUAGACAAAUAUAGUAAAUGUUGGAAAUUGGAUAUCAUCUUUUUAUAAGAUGUACAUGUAUACGUAUUCCGGUGAUGUUGGCCUACCACUAAUUCAAAUUUAGAUUUGUUUUUCAACAUUUUAGAAAUUCAGAUUGUGAACGAGUACAAAAUACAAAUUGUGUUAACCAGAUGGAUAAUCAACUCCUGAUCGUCAUUAAAAUGGUUAGAUCUCGAUUUAAUGAGGUUACAUUACUUGUGCGAAUUGUGGGUUGUGCCAAUGGAAUCCACAGAUGAGUAUCCGAGCUUCAGAACGACAUAUAUUUUCCUAAUCUCACAGUGGCAGAGUUUAUUGAGUUUUUUGUUUGGAUUGUAAGGAAUUUCAUAACAGAAUAUGAAGAAGUUGCUUAGAGUUUGACACAUUGCGUUGAUGGAAAGUCCAAAAACCUCAAACAAAACAAAAUAGGAAUCAAGAUUGACAAACUCUCGCCUCGAUUCGUCAGUAUUUUCCCAACCUUGAGUAAAAUGGAAAUGAAAUUUGCAUUAGUCGAUAGAGAUCAUCUAUCCCUUGACACCAGUAAUGACAAGUUUAAGGACGGAUUUAUUCACAACUUUAAGAUUAUUUUUGCUCACAUAGAGAUCCAACCUUGCUCGAAAAAGAGAACAACUAACGUUUUAUCAAACGCGGUUAAUAAUAAAUGGAAAGAUUGACUGACAGGAACUUUCGACUUCAUUGGCAGACGUAUCGCCAACCUUUGAAAAUGUGGACAUGAAACUUGCAUUAGUGGAUAGAGAACAUUUAAGUUAAACUCUCGAGUGACACCAAGUCUGACCGAUCAGGACCAUUUUCAUACUUUUAUGCUUAGAUUUACAGACCGCACUUGGCAUAAAACUCAAAUCAACUAACACGUGUACAAUGGCAAAAUGGCAAAAUAGAAAGCAUGACUGACCCGAAUUUUCCGUUAAUGUUGUGGCGGAUAUUUCUCCAACCGUUUAAAAUGGAAAUGAAACUUGCUUAAAUCAAUAAAGAAACACUUAACCUCUCAAAAAACACGAGGAUGGACCGAAUGUGAACCUACUUGACACCAAACUCAAAGAAACAAUGUGGGAAAUGACAAAUCAGGAAGCAUGACUGACCAGAGCCUUCCUCGCCUUAUGCAGAUAUGUUUACCCCUUACUGCAUCGAAUAUGGAUCAAGGGGAUAGGGGAAGAUAGGUCAUUUCAGACGUUAUCAGACGCAUCCAUGGAUAGAGAAUAAUGUAGGCCUACCAUUUUAGAUUUUUCCACGAUUACCAAAUUUAGCGUAUCUUUAGCCUUUAUUUCAUAAAGAGACACAUCUUUGUGUAAAAAGUGUUGGCAAAGGAACUUAAUAAAAAUACCAAGCAGUAGGACAUGAA